AUGAAUGAUCCGAAGGUGGAUGAUUCUCCGAAGAUUAAUACUCAAAUCCCAUCCAGUAAUGUAAAUAUUAAAUGGUGGAAGUGGGCACUUGCUGCUGGAGCGUUUUAUCUAACCUAUGAAUUAAUGUCUGAAGCGAUUCUUCCAAUAAUAGAAAGAGAAACAACUCUUCACUUAUCAGUUGAACAAGAGGAUGAAGCUUAUCAUUGGUUAAUGUCAUAUUUUGCUCAACAUUCAUACACACAAAAUUGUAGACAUUUGUCUGUUCUUUCUUCUGAUAACAGAGCUAUUUCAAAUGUUUUGGGAGGCUUAUUUGGAGUUUUUGGAGCUAUUCUAGCUUCACAAAAUGAGACUUCUCAACAUGAAGAACAUUCAGUUCUGUAUGUUCCAGUACAUGGGGAAAGGCACUUUUUCAUGUAUAAGGGUAAAUUAAUGUGGCUAUUAAUUCAAAAAAUUGAACAAGGAGGAGAAAAACAUAAACCCACAAGAGAAUCUUUAAAGUUGACAAUAUUAUCCAGAGACAAGAAAUUACUUACUGACCUUGUUGAAGAAGCGAGACAAUUGUUCAAGGAGCACAAAAAAGAUAAGACAGUAAUUUAUUCUCCAAGCUUGGAUUGUUACGAUUGGGAAGAAUUGACAAGAAAACCAAAACGACCACUUAAUUCGUUAGUACUUCAAGGAAAUGUGUUAGAGGAAAUUACGUCAGAUGUAAAGUCCUUUGUUGAGGGCUCUUCGUUCUAUUACAACAGGGGAAUUCCAUACAGAAGGGGUAUUUUGCUUCAGGGUCCUCCAGGAACAGGCAAAUCAAGUACUGUCAUGGCACUCGCAGGAGAAUUAGGAAUGGACAUUUACAUUCUCAACGUUAGCAGUAAUCAACUCAAUGACGAGAAAUUAUCUAGACUUCUUCAUAAGGUUCCACAAAAUUCUAUUGUUCUAAUGGAGGAUGUUGACUCAUGUCAAUCUGCCGUGGAUCAAUCUUUGGAUCAAUCACAACGAUAUGACACCGAAGCUCACCGCAUCUCAGUGAGUGGAUUACUAAAUUCUAUUGAUGGCCUUAGUGCUCAAGAAGGUCGAAUAUUGUUCCUCACGACCAAUCAUCCUGAGAAAUUGAAUCCAGCUCUGGUUCGACCUGGAAGAGUUGACAGAAAAUUUUCUAUCAGCUAUGCUGACUCGACACAAGUGAGAAAGCUCUUUCAAAACUUUUAUCAAGAUGAAAAGGGAUAUGAAGAGAAGAUGGCACAACAUUUUGCAGAUAAAUUAACACGAUUCAAACAGGAAAAUAUUACACCAGCCCAACUUCAAGGAUACUUUAUGAAAUACAGAGGACAGCCUCAAUGCGCAAUAGAAAAUAUUCGUGAGCUAUUCGAGCAAGAAUGA